AACCUUCCUGAGUACAUGAUCAAGGCUAUCGAAAUACUCUCUUCCUCGCAAGCAACGAAGGCUUCACCAUGUGGCCUACCAGUACCAAGAUCCUCGAUGCCUUGUUCAUAGCUCUUGGAUGGAGAGGCGAGGAGAAGAGGAUGUUUUUGACGCUUGUGUACGCCCUUGACACAACAAGGUGGGACACAAUCCGCGCGAGCAUCACCACAUGGCGGAACAAGGUGCUGACUAAGGGACGGCUGCAUGUCUAUGAGGCCUUUGACCUCUUGGUCAACCGCCCGACGUUGCACCUUCGGUUGUCCCAAACCUUGCCACCGUUCCUCUCCCAACAACCCUUGACCAUCAAAACCCCCAUCUAAUCCCUUCCUCUCUAAGCCUUCAACUCCACACAUAUCCAUAUACAGUAUACUUGAUGUCCUCAUCUCCCAUCCGUCCUCAUCUCCCAUCCGCCCUCAUCGCCAUCCGUCCUCAUCUCCCAUCCGUCCUCAUCUCCCAUCCGUCCUCAUCUCCCAUCCAUCCUCAUCUCCCAUCCGUCAUCAUCUCCCAUCUGUCCUCAUCUUCCAUCCGUCCUCAUCUCCCAUCCGUCCGCAUCUCCCAUCCGUCCUCAUCUCCCAUCCGUCCUCAUCUCCCAUCCGUCCUCAUCUCCCAUUCGUCCUCAUCUCCUAUCCGUCCUCAUCUCCCAUCCCUCCUCAUCUCCCAUCCAUCCUCAUCUCCCAUCCGUCCUCAUCUCCCAUCUGUCCUCGUGUCCCAUCCUUCCACAUCUCCCAUCCGUCCUAAUCUCCCAUCACUCCUCAUCUCUCAUCCGUCCUCAUCUCCCAUCCCUCCUCCUCUCCCAUCCGUCCUUAUCUCCCAUCCGUCCUCAUCUCCCAUCCGUCUUCAUCUCCCAUCCGUCCUCAUCUCCCAUCCGUCCUCAUCUCCCAUCCCUCCUCAUCUCC